AUGGAUGUCAGGUCGAACAGUUCGAGUGAUAUCGAAGAGAUGGACGAGGAAAGGUUGGCUCCACUCAUUAAUAUAGCUAGAAGAAGGUACAGCGAAGUUUUGAAGGCGCAUUCUGGGAUCAUGCAGGUAAGCUGUUGGAUCAAACUGUCAGUUAUGGCUCAUUCAAUGGAAAAUUUUUUGCUUUCAUUUUUAAAUUUUUUGCGGGGCUUGUGCACAAUUGUGUGCAAAGUUCACCCUCCCAAGGCAACGCAAAGCGUCUUUUCGGGGGAUAAGCUAUAAUAAUCGUGGAAGAUCAAGUCAUUUCCAUAGAUAACGUUGAACAAGUAAUAACCAUGCCCUCUGAGUCAAGCAGAACAUAAUCUUACUGCCUAAAGGCAUAUUAUUUUUUGAUUAUUUUAGUCAUGAUGAUUUUUAAAAGUAGUCUAACUCAUUUCUUUCUCUUAUGGCAUUUGAAAUCGAUCUUCAUGCAAGAAUACUCGAAAGAUGACAAAAAACAGCAACAACUUCGAUCUAAGCCGCUUUUCGCCUGCCAUUUUUUGAAUAAAAAUAUAUUGAAGACGCCCUAUCACCUGCACCCACCCACACAAAUACGGAAACGGGAAAAGAUUUCUCGCUUUAUCGCAAACAGUUCCCCUUCAAGGCGUCGCCGGGAAAAUUUCAUAAAACACGAAUGAUGAUUUAUGACUCCGACUCGAGCAGAUUACCACUUCCCAAACAUUGAUUUAGCGAUGAUUUAGAGGGAUUAGACCUCAUUGAAGCGAGCCGAACGGCGUUCCGCCAGAUCUGACGUCCGACUUUUUUGGAGCCUGCGGCAGAAAGCAACGUCGAUCGUCUUCAGCCGCCGGUCGCAUCUUCUUCUUCCCUUUUUCGCCUUCUUUCCCCCCAAAAACUGCAAUACCGCUUCACGCCCUGCGGGCUGGCGUUGUCAGUGAUUCUUUUUUCUCUCUCUUUGCUCCGUUCCGAAUUAAUUUAUUUAUUCAUCAUAUACUCUGUUGAUCUUGAUACUUUUAUGUUUUUCGGGUGCAUUUUCCAUAGUUUUAUGGGCGUCCCGGGCCCGGGUUGAUAAGGCCCUGCGGGCAAUUAGAAGCAGAAACAGGCUUAUUGUUUGGGGGCUGCAAUUAAAGUGGAGUUGAUUUUGACGGUAAUGCUGCAUUAUGAUCUGUAAUUUGCAUAAUAUAACAGAAGAUUGUUGUAGUACCUUGAGAAUAACACCUUGUAUUCGCCGUUGUGACAAAAUUUUUUUUGCAAAACUCAAUUGUUUUAUGACCUUGUAAGACUAAUCCUUUUAUCUAUCAAUUUCCUAUAUUAUUAUGAUGACACAAGACCCCCAAGACAACGUAAGAAUUCCCCACUCCUAGCUCAAAUUUAGUCGAAAACCGGGUCAUGAUUUGAUUUUACAUCAGUCUUAAACAACUUGAUCGUCUCAAAUUUAUCUCAGGACGUCAUCAGCAAGAGUUUGCGUGGUCUUUCCGAGAUUUAUAACCGAAGAAUUGUGAUUUACGGGCUUAUGAUUCAUAACGCCUCACCUAAUUAUUUUGUUUGCAUUUUGUCCGAGAAAUCGGAGUAUCAGGUCCAUCUUUGUGAAAGGUUUAGGGAUUAGAUCAGAAGUUUGAUUAUUUUUGAGAAAAUGUAAAAAAAAAACGCUAAAUUGUCGUCAUACUCUUAAUUUAAGGAUGAAUCAAACAUGGAAUGUUACUUUGCUUUGGAAAAAAAUCCAGAACAAAAGAGCUAAAUCAUAGUUCCUUCUGGAAUUCUAUCAUGAAGCUCUCUGGUAACGCCCCUCUAGUAAACAAAAAUUAUUAUUUAAGUUCCCUUUAUGUUUAACAUAUUUUGCAUGAGUUAACUAAACAGGUCCGAUAUUGAUUUCAAUAAUUUUUUGCACUGACGCUUCAUGAGCAGCCGAAAUAUUCAACGAUCUGUUUUAAGAGAUAGAACGUAAAAUAGGGAGACCCGGCAAGAUAAAAAUUUUUUGAGGCUGUUAUUUUUGUAUUUUCUUCAUGAAAAACAUUGUUUUUUCAAAAUAAAUUUCACGCCGCGCUAGUAAUGCCCCAGAAAUUUUCAAACCUGAAAAGUGGGGUUGAAGCUCGAUCAAAAAAGUCCGGUGGCUAUGGAAAAUCGCAAGCUAAGAAUCUCUGACAUGAAUUAUAAAAAAAAAACGUUCAAAAUCUAGCAAAUUUUCAUCUGAUUCAAUUUCCACUUUUAUACAGAUUUCGGGAGGCAAUUGUUUUAAUCUUAAUUUGCCGUAGGGUCCGCCAAAAUUGAAGCGCCCAGUUCGGGGAACUUGCUUCGAAAGUUCGCGCAGUUUUAAAACAUCAAAUCUCAUCGAGUUUUCACGAUAACUUUUUAAUUUUUCACGUGUAAAAUGGCUGUUACGCCCUACAUGUAUUAUCAAAAAUUUCUCAAUACAUUGCUGUUCUCCUUUUCCGAAACCAUUGUGUUUAUCGGCUGAUUUAAUCUCUUGCGAUCUGUUCUUGACUGACUGUGUCAACGCGCCUCUCGAACGUCAACUCUUUUUUCGAAAAAAGCGAAAAUAUCCGCAGGGAAAAAUCCAAAACAACCUUUGUAAAAGACUCUCAAAGGGAGCCGAGAGGGUUCAUGAUAAAUUACAGAGGAAACAAUUAGCUGACUACUGAUAAAAUUCUGAAGAAUUUUGCUUGUUCGAGAUGGUUUAUUACAAUCAAAACGAAUUUUGUACUUUUUGACGACUGUUUGAUUGUUUUUGUCAUUGUAGCGGGCAGGAUAGUAAUAUUUCGAAAACUGCUUUUUCAUAUUGGCAUAUGGACAUGAUUUAGAUUUCGAGCGGUUUCAAGGGUGAUAAACGAGGGAUUUCCUGGAAAAUCGGGGUUUCAAUUGAAAGUCUCGAGAGCUUACCGCAUCAUAAUGCAUUUGGACUAUUACUUUCAAGUUUAUGUUAACUUUUAAGCCCUGAAAUUUGAUUCAAAACAUCCUCUUUCCCCCUUAUUGCAAUAAUAUUAAACAUUUCUCCGCCUCUAAUUCAUAAGAGCCCUGGGCUCCACUGAUCUUACAAAGACGCUUGAGCCGUUCGUUGUAAACUGGCGCGAACCAGUUUUGGCUGAUGUUUCAUCUGUUUUGACAAUCAUGUGUCCAGUCAAAUGGUUUAUUGAGGCUUUCUUUGAUUUUUCGAUUUCCAAUCUCAUCUGAUUUACAUGCUUAAUGGACUUUUGACUCCGCGUUCCGUGCCCCAAAUGUUCGGGAAUUUCGCCUUUUCCAGGAGUUUCGGUGCUUACAAAGUUUUGAUAUUAUCGUACAGCGGGGUUUACGUUUUGUAUUUUUGAAUGUGCAAAGGGUUUAUAAAGUAAAUUUAUUUGUUUUUUGCAGAAGAAGAUUACAGAAGCGGUUUUUAGGGUUUUGAGUAAUUUUACAGCCGUAUUUUAGCCGCAAAUGUAGAUGAAAUUGAAAAAAUACAAUAUUUUGUGAUACGAUGAUAAAUCAAUAUUGCCAUUUUAGGCGAGCCAGAAGCGCCGUUCAAUUUCUUAUGCCUCAAGGCCGCCAACGCAAGGCCCUAACGCCGUCAACUCGCUGAUCCAUCGCUUCAACAGUUUCGACGCCGGCGCCCGUGGCCGCAGGAGACGAUCCACGAUAUUUGACCGGUGAGUAACCUUGAUUAGCCGAAUUUUAUUAUGUUUCCUUAUACUCGAAAAUCUCCCAACAAAUACAACCCCUUUUCUCGACGUGACAUCGAUUAAGGCCCUUAAGCAUUUGUUAUGAGACUCCAAGUGAGGCUGGCGUCAUUACGCAACAGCUUCACCAUAAUCUCCGUCCACCAAACGGUUGA